AUUAUGCGAAGUGUAUUGAUUUUUUGAUAUGUUAUAUGAUUACUUCAUAAUAACAAUUGAUAAGGAGAUGGCGUGCAACCAAAAAGAAGUGAACAAUGUGUACGAGAAUCUGUUCACAAGGCUGUGGAGGGAGAGCUGCGGAGAUUAUCUUAACUUCGGGAUGUUUGAUGAUACUUGCAAAACUCUGAUUGAGGCGAAUGAUAACAUGGUAGACUGGAUUAUCGAAAAACUAAAUAUAGAUAACAAGUCUACGGUACUGGAUAUCGGUUGCGGACGAGGAAAAUACACAGUGGAAAUUGCGAAGAAAACAGAUUGCAAAUUUGUUGGUGUUGACAUCGUUGAAAAGUUCAUUACUUGUGCAAAUACCCUGAGAGAUGAAUCCAACUUAAGUGAAAAUGGUCAGUUUCUAGUUGGUGACAUGCUGAAGUUGUCGGAGGCAGUUAAAGACAGAAGAUUUACACACGUCCUGGCGCUAGGAAGCCUUUUUUAUGUUCACGAUAAGAUGGCCCCGUUUUUGGAAAACGUUAAGCCGCAUAUGGAAGCGAACUCUCUUCUUCUAAUUCACGACUUCUCCAGAAAUGUACCCUUGGAAGAGGUGAAAGUUGUAAUGAAUCAUUGGAGGACAACCGCUGAUACAUUGGAAACUCAAAACUACUUAGACAUUAUCAAAUCAGCUGGGUUCGACAAUAUUUACCACAGUGACGACACAGCUAUGGGCUUAAAAUCCUGUCAAUGGGUCGUUGAUGUGACCGAAAAGAUUGCACCAAGUGAUGCUGAUGGAAAGAGUACUUUUACAUUUUGGGUACUUAGAGAUGCUUUGAAAGCCAGACGUAUUCUACAUAACACGAUAAUCGCUAGGAACGUAUGAUCAGGAGUAAAGUAUUUUAGUUUAGAGUGAAGAAAGAACUGCAUGUCUAGAUUUGUAAACAUUUUUAUCUUAUUUUGUUUGGAAAUAUGAAUUAUCCAUAAACACACUAUUACAUGGUAUAAUAUGCUACAAGUACAAUAAAGUUUAAACUGGUUUGUUGUUGGUCUAUAUGUAUUAUCUGCUGUAUCACAUGUAUCAUACAUUUAUUAGUCUAUGUAAUAAGCGCCAUGAGUUGGCAGAGAAUUUUUUGAUUUUAAUAAUUUUGGUACC